CAAGCCUCACGGCUUUCCUUGUGUUCUUUUCCUGGAUCUAGGCCUCUUGGAGUGUCUGAUCCCUUUCUCCAAGAAUGCGUUUCUGGGGGAUCUUUGCCUUUCCCUUGGGGCUCCUGCUUGCUUCUGUGCUCCUGGUGGCUUCAGCCCCAGCUACUCCGGAGUCUCCUGGCUGCAGCGACAAGGAGCAACAGGUCACUGUCAGCCACACCUACAAGAUUGACGUGCCCAAGUCGGCUCUGGUUCAAGUAGAGACUGACCCACAGUCUCUCAGUGACGAUGGGACAUCACUCUUGGCAGCCGGGGAGGCUGGAGAGGAGCAGAACAUCAUCUUUAGGCACAACAUCCGUCUUCAGACACCGCAGAAGAACUGUGACUUGGCAGACAGUGUCCAGGACCUGCUGGCCCGGGUGAAGAAGCUGGAGGAAGAGAUGGCAGAGAUGAAGGAGCGGUGUAGUGUCAACCGCUGCUGCCAGGGAGCUACUGAUCUGAGCCGCCACUGCAGUGGCCACGGGACCUUCUUCCCGGAGACCUGCAGCUGCCAGUGUGAGCAGGGCUGGGAAGGCGCCGACUGUGAGCUGCCCACCUGUCCCGGGGCUUGCAGCGGCCACGGACGCUGUGUGGACGGACGCUGCGUGUGCGACCAGCCCUACGUGGGGGUCGACUGCGCCUACGCCGCCUGCCCCCAGGACUGCAGUGGGCAUGGCGUGUGCGUGCAUGGUGUCUGCCAGUGCUAUGAGGACUUCACCGCGGAGGACUGCAGCGAGCAGCGCUGUCCUGGUGACUGCAGUGGCCACGGCUUCUGCGACACCGGCGAGUGUUACUGCGAGAUGGGCUUUACUGGCCCUGACUGUUCCCAGGUGGUGGCUCCUCAGGGCCUGCAGCUGCUCAAGAGCACGGAGAAUUCCCUGCUGGUGAGCUGGGAGCCCUCCAGUGAGGUGGACCACUACCUGCUCAGCUACUAUCCCCUGGGGAAGGAACAUGAUACAAAGCAGGUCCAGGUGCCCAAGGAACAGCAUACCUACGACAUCACCGGCUUGCUGCCUGGCACCAAGUACAUAGUCACCCUACGCAAUGUGAAGAAAGACAUUUCCAGCAGUCCUCAGCAUCUACUUGCCACCACAGAUCUCGCUGUGGUGGGCACUGCCUGGGUAAAUGAAGAGACGGAGACAUCCCUUGAUGUGGAGUGGGAGAACCCUCUGACUGAGGUGGACUAUUACAAGCUUCGGUAUGGCCCCUUAACAGGGCAGGAAGUAGCUGAGGUCACUGUGCCCAGGAGCCGUGAUCCCAAGAGUAGAUAUGACAUCACUGGUCUGCAGCCUGGAACGGAAUAUAAAAUCACAGUUGUCCCCAUAAGAGGUGAUCUGGAGGGGAAGCCGAUUCUCCUGAAUGGCAGGACAGAAAUUGACGGACCAACCAACGUGGUCACUAAUCAGGUGACAGAAGACACAGCAUCUGUCUCCUGGGAUCCAGUGAGGGCUGACAUAGACAAGUACGUGGUGCGAUAUAUCGCCCCUGAUGGGGAGACCAAGGAGAAGGCGGUACCCAAGGACCAGAGCAGCACUGUUCUGACGGGCCUGAAGCCAGGAGAGGCAUACAAAGUCUUUGUGUGGGCUGAGAGGGGCAACCAGGGAAGCAAGAAAGCAGACACCAAGGCCCUUACAGAAAUUGACAGCCCAGAAAACCUGGUGACUGACCGGGUGACAGAGAACACUCUCUCUGUCUCGUGGGACCCAGUGGAGGCUGACAUCGACAGGUAUGUGGUAAGCUACACUUCCGUGGAUGGUGAGACGAAGCAGUUUCCGGUGAGGAAGGAUCAGAGCAGUACGGUCCUGACUGGCCUGAGUCCAGGUGUCGAGUACAAAGUUUACGUGUGGGCUGAGAAAGGCGAUCGAGAGAGCAAGAAGGCCGACACCAAGGCUCCCACAGAUAUUGACAGCCCCAAAAACUUGAUAACUGACCAGGUAACAGAGAACACUCUCAGUGUCUCCUGGGACCCUGUUCUGGCCAACAUUGACAGGUACAUAGUGAGCUACACCUCUGCUGAUGGAGAGACCAGGGAGGUGCCGGUGUCUAAGGAGAAGAGCAGCACUGUCCUGACAGGCCUGAGGCCAGGCAUGGAGUACAAGGUCCAUGUGUGGGCCCAGAAGGGGACCCAGGAGAGCAGGAAGGCCAAUACCAAGGCCCCCACAGAUAUUGAUGGUCCCAAAAACCUGGUGACUGACCAGGUGACAGAGACCACUCUCAGUGUGUCCUGGGAGCCAGUGGAGGCUGACAUCGACAGGUACAUGGUGCGCUACACUUCUGCUGAUGGAGAGACCAGGGAGGUUCCUGUGUCAAAGGAGAAGAGCAGUACUGUCCUGACAGGCCUUAGGCCGGGUGUGGAGUACAAGGUUGAUGUGUGGGCCCAGAAGGGAGCCCAGGAUAGCAGGAAGGCCAACACCAAGGCCCCCACAGAUAUUGAUAGCCCUAAAAACCUGGUGACUGAGCAGGUGACAGAGAACACUGCCACUGUGUCCUGGGACCCAGUAGAGGCUGACAUUGACAGAUACGUGGUGCGUUACACCUCUGCUGACGGAGAGACCAGGGAGCUCCUUGUUGGGAAGGAGGAGAGGAGCACCAUCCUGACAGGCAUGAGACCAGGUGUGGAGUAUCAGGUCGACGUGUGGGCCCAGAAAGGGACACGGGAGAGCAGGAAGACCAGCACCAAAGCCCCCACAGAUAUUGAUGGUCCCAAAAACCUGGUGACUGACCAGGUGACAGAGACCACUCUCAGUGUGUCCUGGGAGCCAGUGGAGGCUGACAUCGACCGGUACAUGGUGCGCUACACUUCUGCUGAUGGAGAGACCAGGGAGGUUCCUGUGUCAAAGGAGAAGAGCAGUACUGUCCUGACAGGCCUGAGGCCAGGUGUGGAGUACAAGGUUGAUGUGUGGGCCCAGAAGGGAGCCCAGGAUAGCAGGAAGGCCAACACCAAGGCCCCCACAGAUAUUGAUAGUCCCAAAAACCUGGUGAUCAACCAGGUGACAGAGACCACUCUCAGUGUCUCCUGGGACCCAGUACAGGCUGACAUUGACAGGUAUGUGGUGCGUUACACCUCUGCUGAUGGAGAAUCCAAAGAAUUUCUGAUUGGGAAGGAACAGAGGAGCACUGUCUUGACAGGCCUGAGGCCGGGUGUGGAGUACAAGGUUGAAGUGUGGGCCCAGAAGGGAGCCCGGGAGAGCAAGAAGGCCAGCACCGAAGCUCACACAGACAUUGACAGUCCCAAAAACCUGGUGACCAAUCAGGUGACAGAAAAUACAGCCACCAUCUCCUGGGACCCGGUGCAGGCUGAUAUUGACAGGUACAUGGUGCGCUACACAUCUGCUGAUGGAGAGACCAGGGAGAUUCCAGUGAGGAAGGAGAAGAGCAGCACAGUCCUCACAGGCCUGAGACCGGGUGUGGAGUACACCGUCCAAGUAUGGGCUCAGAGGGGGGCCCGGGAGAGCAAGAAGGCCAGAACCAAGGCCCCCACAGAAAUUGACAGCCCCAAGAACUUGGUGACCAACCGGGUGACCGAGAAUACAGCCACCAUCUCCUGGGACCCUGUGCGAGCCACCAUUGACAGGUACAUGGUACGCUACACCUCUGCGGAUGGAGAGACCAAGGAGAUUCCGGUGUCAAAGGACCAGAGUAGCACUGUCCUGACGGGUCUGAAGCCAGGCAUGGAAUAUACCAUCCAUGUGUGGGCCCAGAAGGGGGCCCGUGAGAGCAAGAAGGCUGACACUAAGGCCUUAACAGAAAUUGACCCUCCCAAAAAUCUUCGUCCAUUUGGUGUAACACAUUAUGGUGGGGUGUUGACCUGGAUGCCUCCCUCUGCUCAAAUUGAUGGCUACGUUUUGACCUACCAGUUCCCAAAUGGCACAGUGAAGGAAGUGCAGCUCCAAAGAGGCCAGCAGAGGUUUGAAUUGCAAGACCUGGAACAGGGUGUCACCUACCCUAUUUCCUUGGUUGCCUUUAAAGGUGACCGCAGGAGCCGGAGUGUAUCCACCACCCUUUCUACAGUGGACGCCCGUUUUCCACACCCCUCAGACUGCAGUCAGGUUCAGCAGAACACCAAUGCCGCCAGUGGCCUCUACACUAUCUACCUAAAUGGCGACGCCAGCCGGCCCAUGCAGGUGUACUGUGACAUGGACACGGAUGGAGGCGGCUGGAUUGUCUUCCAGAGGCGGAACACUGGACAGCUGGAUUUCUUCAAGCGUUGGCGGAGUUAUGUAGAAGGUUUUGGAGACCCCAUGAAGGAGUUCUGGCUUGGACUUGAUAAACUACACAACCUCACCGCUGGCACUCCUACUCGAUACGAGGUGAGGGCAGACUUACAGACUGCCAACGAGUCCGCCUACGCUGUGUAUGAUUUCUUCCAAGUGGCGUCCAGCAAAGAGCGGUACAAGCUGUCAGUUGGGAAGUACAGAGGCACAGCAGGGGAUGCUCUUACUUACCACAAUGGUUGGAAGUUCACAACUUUUGACAGAGACAAUGACAUUGCCCUCAGCAACUGUGCGCUGACACAUCAUGGUGGCUGGUGGUAUAAGAACUGCCACUUGGCCAAUCCUAACGGCAAAUAUGGGGAGACCAAGCAUAGUGAGGGAGUGAACUGGGAGCCGUGGAAAGGACAUGAGUUCUCCAUUCCUUAUGUGGAGCUGAAAAUCCGUCCCUUUGGUUACAGCAGAGACCGUUUCUCCGGCAGGAAGAAGCGGUCCAUAGGAGGAAAGGCGAGAAUGUUCUGAAGGCCCAUUUGAGCCGUGUUCACAGGAGACGAGACAAGCUUAGGGCGGGGUGGGUGGUGGUGGUGACUAGGAAGCUGACAUUUGACGGAUGCUCAUAGCCUCUAACUUCUCAGAUUGCCGGGUACCCACAGUGCUGAUGAUGUCAUCACACCUCAGGUUCUAGAGGUUCCGACCUUGUCACUUGCAUGUUUGCCAGUCUCUACUGAGGGCCUAGAAAGCCAGCAAUGUUGUCACUGAACAGUACACACAGACAGGACACAGUGCUGGAACCGUAGGGUUUUUCAGUCCAUACUUAAUGACAGAUGUAUUGGAUUAGGGUGAAAAAAUGAAUCACCCAGUAGAUCACCAACUGGAAAUCUUUAGAAAUUGGUGGCGAUCUACAUAUGCAUCUGAUAAUAUAUAUCUUUCUAGAAGAAAAACCAAAAGUGAGGUUCUGAUCCCUCAGGGGUUAGAGCUGAGGCAACCUGCUGCUCGUUGUCUCUGGUUCCCCCUGAUUUUUGAGGGAAAAGUACAAAUCUCACUCACUCCUUUUACAUUUCGUGUGUGAUGAAGAACGGAGAGAGUACAGAGGACCCAUGACGCAUUCAUAUUUAGCUAAGUUCUGACUGAUCUCUAGCAUGCUGGAGACCAAAGCUCCCAUUUUACUGCUAUUUUUAACCGCCCCUUUCAGACAUUUGCAUAAUCUCUUUCCUAGAUCUGCAUAUGUUGUAAAUAAAUUUGCAGUCAUUUCAACUUUAAAUAAUCUGCCUCUCUAAAUAACUGGUACCCCCCCAGUCUUCCCUGCCCCCUCCCUCAGGCCCAUCAGCCCUCAGCCCCCCUCCUUCCCUGCUCCCCACACUGGAAGCUUCCUCAUCUCAUCCUUCUUGAGUGUCUGGUAUUAUUUUGGAAGGUUUUCUGUAGCCAAGUC